AGGUAAAGUCGAUGGCCGAACUGAUUUUAUAAUACACAAUUUGAAUUGAAGUCUUGAUCGGAGCUUGACAGAAAUGGCAAUGGCGGCGAAUGUGUGUGACAAUUGCGAGGGGACCGAGUUCGAACUGCUAGAUGGUCACUACUUCUGCAAAAUUUGCUCUGUACAGUCUCAACAGCUGAUAGAAGUUGAAGCAGGAUUCUCGCAGAUGAAAGGCGAUGGAAUUGACGGUGCACAUGAUUUCACGCCUAGCCAGGGCGCAGCCAAACAUUACAUGAAGGCUCAAGAUAAAGUUAAGCGGAUGGUGGAUUUGGCCAAGGAGAUUCCUCCAAUCGACACUCUUUCAAUUGUGAAGACAGUUCUAAGGAAGUACUUGGAAGUGUCCUUCCAGCAUCUAGGACCAACUGAAAAGCAAGAAGCUUGUAGUCUUGCGUGGAAAGUCUGGGGAAGUUACGAGGAGUGGAUGUUGUCCACUUCGCCCGAGGCAGGCGGAGGCCCUCUGGGAAGACACUCUUCACUGAGGGACUUCUUCUUUCACAAACACAAAGACAAGUUCUACUUGCUAUACUUAUACGAUUUCUGGCUACGCAGACUCACGUUAAGGUUGGCACUUGAGCGUCGCAAAGACAGACGAAAAAAGAGCAAAUUGGAAGAAGACGAUGCCAACGAAUGCGACAAUGAAUUCGAUGGAGAUGAAUUAGACUGUGAAGAGAACGAGAUCAAAAGUGAAAUGGAUGUUUUGUUGGACGAAAUGAUGAAGAGGUUGAUUCGAGAAAAUCAAGACAGCGAUAGUGAGCCGAGUUCUACGAGUAACUACCGCGUUGUUUUCAACUCAUCAGCGACAUCUGCAAAAGAAGCGAAGAAAUUUAGUCUUCAUGAAUUUAUUUGUGGUAUGAAACUGAACAGAAACAGCAGAAGUAGUUGGAGUUUGUUGCACUUUGACGAGACGGAAAUAGAAGUGCUAGAAGAUGCGCACGAGUGGAACAAACAGUUCAACAGGAAAAUAGGGGCUAAGAAAUCCUCCCCCAACAAUCAGCUGGAAAAUGAGCUCAAAAAACAACUUGAUGAGGAAAAUGAGGAAAAGUUUGUUCCGCUUGAAGAAGAAGAGAAUGAAUUUAGGAAAGCAAGGUUCCAAGUGAGUGAUCAUAAUGGAUCUUAUCGUCCUUUGCCCCGCGUGGCUCUUUCUAUAGUUUACAUGGUGUCCACUCUGCUGAACAGACAAGUGUUCAUACUCGAGAUCAUACAGAAGAUGUGUGAUAAUGAAAUUCCCCUGUUGGACUUGACAAGUUGGGAGGAGACAGCAAGCGUGGUACUCACUCCUCCGGAGCUCACCCUCUGGGCUAUCAAGGACAUCUCGCUCUUCCCUCUCCUACUCAGGAGAAUAGCCGCAAGACUGUACAAGAUUGCAUUUGCGGAUAGUAAGUUGGAUGUGAUUAUUCUGAAUGACAAUGAUGUGUACCAGAAGUGUGAGUGGACUCUUCAGUUCCUCAACCUACCUCUAUCUCUCGCUCCUCUCUGCAACAAUCUCAUGGAUACAUUGAGACGUAACAUGUGCACGAGCAGAAAUAAAUGGAAAAUGCUAGUUGAAUUCGACGUCUACUUCUUUGCCAUCGCAUUCAUAGUGAAACACUUUGUAAUAGACCAAAGUGUUCACCCUAGAAUGAAGCAGUUUUCCCGCCAGUGGUACAAGUCGGCCCACAGGACUCUGUUUGAAAGAGGUUUGCCUCCCUAUUUGCUUAUGUUAGGACACAACUUGAGCUUCUUGCACAAGGAGAGCAAAGCGAAUUUCUUCAAGAUGAAAUUGCACUUGAAUACGUUGGCGUUCAGGGACCGGUUCCACAACUACCGACGACUCUGGUUUCCCCCUUGGGCCCAGAAGAGACUUAUUCUGUGGGAGAUGUUAAGAGGCAAUGCGAAUGCAGAAAAAGAUAUCGAAGACUACUGCGUGUUCAUAGACAAGCCACUUAAAACCAUCCUGCAAACUAGCUCAAAACACACAAAAACAACAACUACUGAUUAUGAUGACGAAGAAGUAGAAUCAGCACAGUUUAGUGGUUCAAUAUCUGAAGAAAGAUCUCAAACGAAACUGUCUGAAUACGUCCAGGAGUUCAAAUAUCAGCCUGAUUUUCGGAAAGCAGUGUUUAAAAUGAACAGCAGCUACCUCUGCCAGGCCAUCGAGAAUCAAUGUAUUCAACUUGCAACCUCAAAAGGGUCAAAAUUUAAGGUUGCACUUAUCAACGAGCAGAUGAUGUAUUAUGGGUUCACGAAUUCCCUCUUUGAAAAGCGAAGCUUUCCUGACGUGUGUGAGAUUGGGAAUGCAGACGAAAUGUGUGAAGAUGUUGACCCAGGGGUCAGUAUGAUGGGGUUGGAGAGUGACCCCAGAAUGGGGCGCACUGAUGAACACGAGGGAAGCAUUGUGGUCAGCUUCAAAGAGAAAGAAUACAUGGAUCUAGAUGAGAAAAAAGGUCUGGAGUCUUUUGGAAUUUAUGACGAGUUGUUUUGCCUCGGAGCAACUGUGGGUGGUCAGGACUUCAGGAGAAUAGUGCGCAUCUGCAUCGAAAAUAUUGGGAAGACAAGCUUCACUCAACCUGAGAGUUCAGACGAUUAAUCGGCUAUGGGACGUAGAAACAUAAAAGCUGUUUAGCUCUUUACACAGAACAGCUGUUUGUUCCGCCGAUGAGAAACGCUAAUUGUUUUAAGCCUCGCAUAGGCGAUUUUAUCGUUCUGAAACGAGCAUUUAUUUCUGUGGUGACUACAAGAAACGAAAACUAGAAGUCAGCGGGAAACAUUUGGAUUUUGAAAAUGAACACAGAACAUAGAGAAUGAAAUGGAAGAAAGUUUUCCAUUUCAUUUCAGACUUUAUAAUAUGAAGAUUAUAGGUCUAUAAAAAUAAUUGUUAUUUUUUGUACUAUGUAGCUGUUGUUUGUCUCGUAGUUCUAAGUAAUGAUAUUUAAUUUU